AUGGGAGAAAUAAUGAAAGCUGCGGCAUCAAAAACUUUGGUCAUCAAGAUCAACCUCAUUCUCCUCUCCUUCUUUCUUAUUUCCUGUCUUGCCCUUCUUCUUCAACCUUCCACUGUUUAUCAGCACAGAGCUGCCUCCAUCGUUCGCUGCACUCUUCGAAAUUGCCAUGUCAAGAAGGUAAGUAAUGAACACUGAAAUUUGCAGAUUGAAGAUGGUAGAAGCAAGAAGACAGAGAGAAUGGCAAAAGAGGUGAUUCCGAGCUUCUUUAGUAAACUGCCUGGGAACAGCAGCAUAGCAUUGGUGAACAUUGGGGAAGACGAAUUGUUAGAUUGGAAAGAUAUUGGGGCUGUGACAUCAAUCAAAUUCGAGCAAGUUUCAGAGAAUUUUGAGUGGAAGGAUAUAUUUCCUGAAUGGAUAGAUGAGGAGGAAGAAAAUGAAGGGCCAUCUUGCCCUGAGAUGCCAAUGCCUGACUUCUCAUUGUAUGGUGAGUUUGAUGUGGUGGUGGUUAGGCUGCCUUGCCGGCGGCCAGAGCCAGGGUGGUCUAGAGAUGUAUUUAGGCUCCAAAUGCAUCUUAUGGCCGCGAAUCUGGCGGUGAGAAGGGUUAAGCGGGAUGCGAGAGGGGCGGUGAAACUUAUAUUUUACGGUGGUUGUCGACCGAUGAUGGAGGUUUUCAGGUGUGAUGAUAUGGUGGGAAGAGAAGGGGAGUGGUGGAUGUAUGAAGUGGAGGCUGGAAGGUUGGAGGAGAAGGUGGCAAUGCCUAUAGGCUCUUGCAAGCUCGCCUUGCCAUUAUGGAAGGAAGGAACAAUUAAUGAAGAAUUUGACAUGUCAAAGCUUGCUGACUCCGCCAUCCAUGGCCGUCGUGAAGCAUAUGCAACGGUGAUUCAUUCGUCGGACACCUACGUCUGUGGAGCCAUCACAUUAGCGCAGAGCAUCCGAAAGACAGGCUCCACAAAAGACCUCGUCCUCCUCCAUGACAAAUCCAUAUCAGAGGCAAAGCUCCGAGCCCUCGCCGCCGCCGGGUGGCAACUCCGGCUAAUUAAUCGCAUCCGUAACCCUCGCGCACAAAGAUACACAUACAAUGAAUACAACUACAGCAAAUUCCGACUCUGGCUUCUAACCGAAUACAGCAAAGUUGUAUUUGUAGACGCCGACAUCAUCGUCCUCCGCAACCUUGACCUUCUCUUCUCUUUCCCCCAAAUAUCCGCCACCGGCAAUGACGGUUUCAUCUUCAAUUCCGGCAUUAUGGUCCUCGAACCUUCCUCCUGCACCUUCAAAACUCUCAUGAAGAACAGAAAGGAAAUCAUCUCCUACAAUGGCGGUGACCAAGGCUUCCUCAAUGAGAUCUUUGUGUGGUGGCAUCGCUUGCCUAGGAGAGUCAACUUCCUCAAGAACUUUUGGUCGAACAAAACUGCCGAGAUCACGAUGAAAAACCAUCUCUUUGCCGCUGAUCCUCCUAAGUUGUACUCUAUCCAUUAUCUCGGGUUGAAGCCAUGGCUCUGCUAUAGAGAUUAUGAUUGCAAUUGGAACGUAGAGGACCAGAAGAUUUAUGCGAGCGACUUUGCGCAUAGACGAUGGUGGCGUGUGCACGAUGAAAUGGACGAUGGGCUGAAGGGAUUUUGCGGGCUAUCUAAGGAGAGGAUGGAGGAUUUGGAGAGAGAUAGGAAGAAUGCGGAGGAGUUAGGGUUCAGGGACGGCCAUUGGAAGAUCAAUAUCACAGACUGGAGAAGGAACGUGAGCGAGUGAGACUGUCAGAAGUAAUUUUUGUUAAAAAAAAAAAUAUUCGUA